CAUAAACAGUGAUGUUUUUGCAUUGGCUCCUGUUAUCCACAACGGUCAUCUGCACAUCUGCAAUCCGCACGCAGCAGCCAACCGUCUACACCCCAGCGGGCAGUCUACGUGGCACCACCAAGCACGCUUUCGACCGUCCAGUCGACAUUUACCUAGGCGUACCAUACGCAAAACCACCAGUAGAUGACCUACGCUUUCAUAGGCCCGUCCCAGCAGAACGGUGGUCAGGCAUCCGCAACGCGACAACACUUCCGUUUCCAUGCAAGCAGCCAGACUUCUUUGUGCAUCAGAACUACACGAUUCCGACAAAGAACUCGACAGAAGAUUGCCUGUACCUCAAUAUCUGGACACCUGCAAGGUACUGUUUCGACAUAUCCAAGUGCGGUCCAAAGGCUGUGAUGGUUUUUAUCUACGGAGGUUCUUUCACCUUCGGUAGCAGCAGCUGGGAUUUCUACGAUGGCACCUAUAUGGCGGCAGCGGGAGAUGUGGUCGUCGUCUCGUUUAACUACAGGGUUGGAGUAUUCGGUUUCUUUGAUACUGGGGUGCGGGGAGCAGAAGGAAAUCAAGGUCUUUUAGAUCAAGUACUCGCAUUGCAGUGGGUGAAGAGGAACAUAAUAUAUUUUGGUGGUGACCCUAAUCUCAUUACAAUAUUUGGUCAAAGCGCAGGCGCGAUCUCCGUUGGAUACCACCUGGUCUCACCUCUCACCAGGGGUUUGUUUCGAAGAGCGAUCAUGCAAAGUGGAAGUCCCCUAUGGACGUUCGAUAGCGAUAAGGAAACCGCCUUCACGAAAAGCUAUUCUGUAGCGACCCUCUUAGGAUGCACAAACAGUUCCGAUCCUUUGAUCAAAGAUCCUGAAGUUCUCCGCUGUUUGAGAGAAAAGAGUGCUGACGAGAUCCUGGAAACAGCAACAGCCGGACGGGAGAAUCCAAGCGACGCAUUCUAUCCCACCUACGGGGACGAUUUUUUGCCACGAAGAGUGAAAGAUGUUAUUGACGAUGGAGAUUAUCAUCCCGUCGAACUCCUCAUAGGAACCAACAAAAACGAAGGGACAUUUUUCGUGUAUAACUUCUUGGGCAGAGGACUGCAUUACUACAACGUCGAGCGGAUCACCAAAGAUGAGCUAGGAUUCUACAUGGUAUUCUUCUUCCGCAGUGUCAUCGAUCAUGGAGCGAACGAAAUAAGAGAGCAUUACUUAGGUCGGACGGAGAUCGAAGAAACAAAGAAGCUGCUACAACAGGGAUCCGAUUCUGUAGGCGACUUUUUAAUAACAUGCCCCACAAGAUACUUUGCAGAGAGGUACAAGUCGAAGGCUGGACGUACCUAUUACUACCAGUUCUCUCACAGGCCCAGCUUCAGCUUCUGGCCUGAGUGGAUGGGUGUUGUGCACUUUGAUGAAUUUCCCUUUGUGUACGCGCACGUUAUGGCACGUCCAGAUCUCGCAAGUGCGCAAGAAAUUCACCUGAGCAGGCAACUUGUACACAUAUGGACCACGUUCGCCAAGAUGGGGAGGGCACCGAACUUCGGAAAGGUAGCUUGGCCACAGUACAGCAGGAAGGCGCCUUACAUGGUAGACGUCAAGUUGGAGCGUUUCGCCAUCAAGAAAGGUCCUCAAGAGGAAGGAUGCAAUUUCUGGCGUCAGUACUUCGACGCACAGCCUUGAUAUGAUCACCGCACUACUAUCCGAUAUGUCACCACGCUGCCCACCACUAUGCAGUUCCCACAUGAUCGAGAUAGGCGUGUCUCCCUGGUAACACUAGUACUUCACCGCGCUGCCCACCACUACGCGGUUCCCACGUGAUCGAGUGAGGCUUGUCUUCUUGGUGUCACCAGCACUUCAGCGUGCAUGCGGGACUGAUAACACGGAAAACAUCACCCAAAACGAAGGUACCUCGUGAGGUAAUCACAAGGAUGAAAGUUCACCGUGCCUCGCUAGGACAUUAAAUAACGGUGAGGACGAGACUGGUGGUACGCGCAGUGCCGCCGUAUAGCGACGUUUCUAUACCACCUUCUCCUCGAAAACAUCACAGUGUGCCCUUGGGAUGUUCUCUAGGACGUCUUAGUAAGGUGGACGACCAAUGUUGCCAUGGCGACGUUAGGUGCCAGUAAAUGUGAUGUGCCUUCAGGGACGGCCACAGUGUUGCCUUG